AAGACGCGUGCAGUGGUGGACUUUACUCUGUGCUCUCGUUGUCUGAGCAUCUUGAAUUUACUUUGCUUUGCUUUGGGUCGGCUGAGCCCUGCCUUGAAAUACUGCAGUUCUGGUAGCCGGUUAGUUCGUUGGAGCGAGCUGGACUCGGAAUCGUUUGAUGAAGAUGGACGAAGGGCCCAAGACGUAUUUGAAAGAGUGGCUCAUAGCUCAGGUGGAGAGUGGCGCGUAUGAGGGUUUGUGUUGGGAGGACCGGGACAAAACCAUGUUCAGGAUUCCCUGGAAGCACGCUGCCAAAAAGGACUACAAGCCGACGGAUGAUGCUGCUCUCUUCAAGGCCUGGACCUUGCACAAGGGCAAACACAGGAAGGGGCAGGACAAGGGAAACCCCACUGUGUGGAAGACACGUCUGCGGUGCGCACUGAACAAGAGCACAGACUUCCAAGUGGUCCAUGAACGCAGCCAGCUGGACAUCUCUGAGCCUUAUAAAGUUUAUCGCAUCCGGCAAGACAGCACAGAUGCUUCACAAGUUGAGUCUCCACAAAUAAAAAAGGACCACAUGAUCAUCCAAUUUAGGACAUCGCCAAGGAGCCCUGGUUUCCAAGAAAAAGAGAAGGAAUCAUUUCAUGCUUGCGAAGAAGAGCCAGAAGAAGAAGAACAAAAAGAACCCAAGAUGGAACAUAUGUAUUCUGAGCCGACUGGGAAAACAAGUCCCUCUCAGCACUCUGCUUCAUUGACCUUCUGCACCUCUGUACAUACCAUAACAGAUUUUCGAAUGCAGGUGGCACUGUUGUACCAAGGCCAACGGGUGGUGAACUGUACCACCAAGAGUCCAGACGGGUGCUUCAUCCUGCAGGGUCGUAUCCCUUUAGGAAGUGAGCGUAUAUACGGGCCCUGCACCACGCAACAGCUCUCCUUCCCUUCCCCAAAUGGCAUACACAUGCCGUCAUGCAUAGUGGAAGCUAUAAACCGACUUCUCUGCCAUCUGGAAAGGGGUGUACUCCUAUGGGUUGCCCCUGACGGCCUUUUCAUCAAGCGCUUCUGCCAGGGCAGAGUGUACUGGAGUGGUCCCAUGGCCCCACACACUGACAGACCAAACAAACUGGAGCGGGGGAAGACUGUCAAAUUACUCGAUACAUCAACAUUUCUCAAUGAUCUUCAGAGCUGUUUACAAGGAAAGGGAACAACACCCAAUUAUAGAAUUGAACUUUGCUUUGGAGAGGAGUACCCAGACUCAAACACUCCUAAAACCAAGAAGCUUGUCAUGGUACAGGUGCUGCCCAUGUUUGCAGUGGAUCAGCUGCAAAAGCUUCAGUUGGAGGAGAUGAAGGAAAAGAAUGUCGGUCCUGUCACAGGUAAAGGGAAAGAAAGUCAGAAAGUGAAUUAUCCUGCAGGGGGGCCAACAUAACCCACUCAAAGGUUUAUUUCUCCUUUCACUGUCAUGAAAGAUACAGUAUCACAACAGGAUUUUGUAAGGGAAAUGAAAGUUUGAUUGUUUCUUUUUUUUCAGUGUAUUUUAAUGUUUUAUUUUAGUCUUUAAGUCAUGGAUCAAACAAUUUGAAAUUCAACCAAAAUGUUGAAAAUGGGCGGCACAGUGGUUAGUAUAUCUGCCUCACAGUACUGAGGACCGGGGUUCAAAUCCAGCCUCAGCUGUGUGGAGUUUGCAUGUUUACCCGUGCCUGCGUGGGUUUUCUCCGGGUACUCCGGUUUCCUCCGACAUCCCAAAAACAUGCAUGGUAGGUUGAUUGAAGACUCUAAAUUGCCCGUAGGUGUGAAUGCUGAUUGUUUAUGUGUGCCCUGCGAUUAGCUGGCAACCAGUUCAGGGUUUACCCCGACUCAUGCCCGCAGUUAGCUGAGAUAGGCGCCAGAGUACCCGCGACCCUAGUGAGGAUAAGCAGUACGGAAGAUGAAUGAAUGAAUGUUGAAAAUGGUGUGUUGAACGCUUUGACUUUUUUGUAAUAUGUAAUUCAAAUGCAGUAACAGAAGGAAAAUUGAAGCGGAAAUCGUAAACUCCUCAUUUCAAAGUCAAAAUGUGUGUGUUAAACAGUGUGAUGAAUUAAGCAUUAUGAAGUGACUCACCUUCCAAACAGAAAUCCACCAUGUGCACGUUUGUCAACUGUGUCCAUCAUGUGUCAUUAAAGUGAUCGUUGAGUUCCAUUUUUUUCUUAUGAAAAGAACAACACAAUUCUAAUGCCUUACUAUUAGAGGUCAGCAACUUGUGUUUGACUGCGAGGUCCUGCUGUAGGACAUAGAGUUUUUACAUUGCCUUUCAGUCAGACAACAUACUGUAUUUUUGUGACCGAACAAAAGUUGUUAAACAGGAAUUGUUCUGCAAGACUGAUUUGAGCAAGUGCUUUGAAUAAAUCACAAGUGA